AUACUAAAAUUAUAUAUAUGCUGUUUAUAUCACAAAUAUAACAAAAGCGCGUGAUCGAGCAUCGGUAAUUACGAAAUCGAGACACAAUCGCUCUUAUCUUUUGUUGGUAUAAGUUGCAUUUCAAAGAGACGUUACAGUUGCAAAGAAACGCCUUCCUAGGCGUUGAAGUCGCAUCGGUUUACAUCAUGGUUGCCUUACGACUGCUCCAACUGUCAACGCCGAUCAAUUAGCGGCAUAAUGUCCAACAAAGGAACCAUCAAGAAAGCAGAACCUAAAGAUGAAGCCAAGAUACACAAAUCAAGAUCAAAAACUACAUCUGGCAACGAAAGCAAUGCAGAAGCACCUAAGAAAGCAGAGCCUAAUCUUUCGAGAAAGUCUCGGACUGUUGAACACAAAGGCGACGGAGAUAGAUCAUCUAAGCAGCUACAAAGGUCCUUGACAAGUAGAAUGCAAUCGACUAGAACUACCAGUAAGCAAUCCGCUGGAUCUUCUCAGUUCAAGACUGAUAAGCAAAGUCUCUCAACAACGAAAUCUGGUCUGAUUAAAGCGUCAUCUUCAACAUCGAGAUCUAGUUUAGUCAAAGCUCCAUCCGGUAAUUCUGUAACGAAAACGAGUACAAGCUCCAAGGCACGAUCUGAGAAUGUCGCGAAGUCGAGCGACGACAGUGUCGUCAAGAAGAGAAAAUCCAGAGAACAGCCGGGUUACUCCGAAAAAAGAGGUCUGAGUACGAUAUACAUACCGAAGUCGACCGCGAACAAGCUUAGCGUUAAGUCCAACGAGAAGACUGUUCAACGGAUAUCGAGAAGCAAAGAGAAAUUGCAAGAUUCGUCUGUAGCGAAUCAAAGCAAGUGGCGAAUGCCGUCCAGAGAACGUAGGAAAUCUCGAACGUUGAGUCCUAGCGAGAUAAAAAUGCUGCAUAGCGCCAUAAAAAGGCCGGAUGCUAUGAAUAAAGUGACGCAGAAGAAGAAUGUCGCAACGGAUAAGCGUUCCGAUAAUGCGCAGUCGGACUCGGACAAGGAAUACGAUUAUGAAGAUGAUUUUGAGGAUUACGAGUCGGAUUUUCAAGAAUGCACCGACAGCGAGACUUCCGCGAUCAGCGAAAAGACAGACAGCGGCGGAAGCAGUCCCCAUUUGGAACCUAUUGAACUAUACAGUCGAGAAAAAAGAAGCGCAAUGAACAACACUGAACAUGCGAAAGCCGAGGAGGAACGCAUGCUCGACUCGGGGCAUUACGAUCUCGCGGAAGCGAGAAAACGGGCGGCGCGUGUAGAAUCAAUGUUUGUAAAUCAGUCCAACACGCCGCCGUUGCCCGAAUUAAGAGAGCCGAUUGGCAAACCGUUUAGCAGCGACGACAGACUUGUGGAAACCAAGUCUCUGCCGUCGUCCACCGAUGAGGGUUUCGAGGACAGUCGCUCGGGAGACUUUACGAAAUCUCCGCCGUUAUCGCAAAUACCGUUCAUUGAUUUUCGUAAAGCGAGAGAGAAUCGACGUGAAAAGAAUUCGAGAAAGUCUCGAAGCAGAGGCGAAGAACUCUUGGAAAUGAUAAAGUUAGAUUUUAUGGAAUGGUCGAUCUUGGAAUGCAGUCCCAUUCCUUACGACGAAUUUAUAAGGAAUUACGGAAAGCUUAAUGCUCAGCAAGUAAGUAACAAUGCAUAUGCGUUCUGUCUUGUAAAAGUGCAAAGUCGAUUGUUACGCGUCGCGUUUCACACACAGGUCUUCACUCAAACUGGCGACGAUAAUACGGAUAUCGAGAUUCAGACAGACGAGAUCCUUCACAGGAACAAGUGGACGCAGUUCCCCGUAACUUGUAGAAAAGAACUGCGUGAUAAACGAGACAUAAACUUGUUCAAGAUGGAACAAAUUGGCGUCGGAAACGACUUGGACGAGACGGAUGAUAUAAACUUUGCGUUACGACCGUCGUACGAUGUCGUGCGAUUGAAUGACUUUCUAAACCGCGCGGGCACGGUCCUGUUAUCGUUGUUAGAAGAAAGAAAACACGGCGGUACCGUUUUUAAAAGCGACGUGGACAAAUUAUUGUUCAGCAAUGGUUUCGUGAAGCUCUCCGUAGAUUCAGUAACUUUCUUAGCUGCUAGGUCGGUUAAGAUCGUACACUAUUCGAACGCUUUAAACAAAGUUCUGCUCACUGUUCACGCUCCUGUAGAAGAGGAGAUAGAAACCGUGAGCAGGCAAGAUUACAUCACCGACUGUUGCAUCGGAUGUGUUUGGAACAUUUCGGAGCCGUCGAUGCCGAAGAAACUGUUCUAUUCACAGAGUCCCAUUACUGCCUGUUGUUUUCAUUUAACAAAUUGCAACGUGAUAUUCGCCGGACUCGAGGAUGGAUCGCUGAGUCUUUGGAACUUGAAAGAGGACGCGAUGUGGCAUCAGAGAGUCACGGACAAGGCCAACGAGUUAGAUUGGGUGAUAAGAAUGCCUACUUACACGACAACAGCGAACACAGAAGCGGAUGCGCAUACGUCCCAAGUUAUUGCGAUACGUGUGUUGUCCAAGAUCGAGACUGCUUCUGUUAAAAACGGAAGCAACAAGUUCGUGCCUAUCCAGAUAUGUAGCUUAGAUGAGAACGGCUGUCUCAUAACGUGGAGUGUCGUGCAUAGAAUGGGCAUAAACAUUGACGACUUGGGACUCUCUCAUUGGGGUGACAUAAGACUUGUGAAGAAUCAGAAAGCGUUAUUAACGCAAAAAGACACAGAAAUAACGAACUUUGUCGAUAUGCAUGUAGACAGCGCAAACACGAAUAACAUUUAUGUCGCGACUAACAGCACCGAUGUUUUGCAUGCUACUUGUAUCGGCAACAGAACUAAUCCAUUAACGUACAAACCAGCUAAGAUAAGUGAGUGCGGCAAUUCUACUUGCAUCGACGUUUGUCCUUUCGGUCAAUCCUUCUUCUGGGUCGGCUGUGACGACGGAACGAUUAGGCUUCAUCAUUUGAAUAUUCAAAGACCAAUCGUGCAGCUGAAAAACGAACAAUUCACAGAGAGGAUUAAAGUUCUAAAAUGGUCAAAAACAAAGCCGCUGACGAUAUUUACUCUGGAUGACAGUUCUCGGAUUCACAUAUGGGACUUAAGUAAGAGUGAUAUCAGUCCCCUGUAUACGGUGUCUAUGCAAAAAUGGGGGAAAAUAAAUAGUAUGCAACUAUCUCCGUGCAUAAUGGACAAGGACAUGACAAAUCAAUAUCUGGCUCUUGGAGCGGAAUCUGGUGACGUAGUGAUACACAAAUUGAAGAAAGAUUUCUAUUACACAAAAAAAGAAGAAUUUUUACAAGAGCUGAGUAUAUUUUUGCGAUACGUUUCAGUUUCAUAAGCGAGAAUUAAAAAAGCAGAUUGACGAAAACAGAAGUUUAGAGGCAUUCUGAGAGCGAGAAUAGAAUAUUAAAUAUAAAAUUCGCUGUCUAGUAUUUAUACAUAUUAAUGAUCAGGAGAGAAUUGGAGAGAGAGACUCACUUUUAUACUUCCAAUAUACACAUGCACGUGCAAUGUAGAUAACUUAGAUAAGUAGUUUUUUUAGAUAAGUAGUUUUAACAUGAAUUGAAACUAUUUC